AUGGAUAUCGUUGGGGACAAGGACAGUCACGACCGCUACUACAAAUUGUCAGUCCAUCCUGUAGAGGGUGGUGAUGCUCGCGAGGUGAAUGUGUCUUUGAUCUACAACUACCCGGGCUGCAUGACCAGGAAUCGCAUCAUUGACUACCCUGGUGAAGAUGUUUUUGAAGGUCAUGUGGCCUAUGGUAUGAACGACGAUUGCCCAUACGGUGAGCUGAAAGGUCAAAACAUCGCCAUUUUGGGCAAUGGCGCAUUUGCUGUGGAGAAUGCCCGCACCUGCGUGGAGCACGCAGCAAAUAAGGUCUAUCUCUUAACCAGGCGAAAGAACCUGGCCAGUCCACGUGUUCCCUGCUGGUUUGUUCAUCAGGGCCCAUAUCCGACGCCUGGCAAGCUGGUGCUUGACAUGUUUAAGCCAAUGUACGAGCUGGCCGACUUCGGGGAUCCCUGGGACUAUUGGUCAGUGCAUGCCAGUUCGGAUCGCACGAAGGUCAGCAUUGUGCAGAACAGCCGCUUUGGCAUUGGAGAUGUCACGUUCUUGAUGGUGAUGUAUGGCAAGCUCGAAUACGUUCAAGACACGGUCAAGAGGCUCACGAAGCAUACUGUCCAUACCACUGGUGGCCUGAAGCUUGAGGGUGUCACAGUGAUCCUGAAAUCGCUGGGAUUGCUGGGUGACUGGGCGGUGGAUCGCUUACACAAGAUGACUCAAAUGGUCGGAAUGUAUUGUGAUGGUGACUGGCGAAGACCACUGCUAAUUGAUGCAAUUGGUAUGAAUGCAGCAAACUUCACAACUUUCUCCACUGGCAUCGGGUCUCACGGCUUUGUGUUGUCGCAGAAGUACUUGCAUGACUACCCCAGCGAGUUCUAUCGGAUGCAAGGUAUGGGCUUGAUGAAGCAGCUCCCCAAGAACACUGCAGACAAAGAGCUGGACAAGCCUGCGUAUGUCUUCGACGUGAAGUACUCGAUGUCAGCAAGUAUCAUUGCAGAGACCAUGAAUCCACGUUUGGGCCAGCUCACCAGGAACGAUCCCGAGUACAAGUUCCGCAUGUACCAUGCAGCGCAUCCAACUGACUACUAUCUCGAGCAAUGCAUGGCAGAUUGGGACAAUUAUCAAAAGAUGUUCAAGGAGCAAGGUUGUGAGCGAGAGUAUGUCAAGUAUCCCUACACGCGGGACAUGAUAGAGGGAUACUUCAAGGAGUAUUGUGCAAUGACCGGUCUUUCAGUGUCAGCAGACGGUCCCGCACCCAAUGCGCCGCCCCUCACCGACUGCUUGGAGACGGUUCUGGGUGCCCUUCCAGCUUGGGCAGAGGACAAGAGAAAUUUGGAAGGCAUGGAUCAGAACCUGCUCAAGGACCGAGGUUGGUGGUCACAGCGAUCCAAUGGGCAUGAGUUGUUUCGUCAGAGCGAGGUUCCCCCGGACGAGCUCAGUCACCAGCUAGCACUUGGCAGCUGA